ACCGACACUGUCUGGCGGGCCAGCUAAACGAGCGGAUAAUUCGUUAAAACAAAUCCGUUAUUAAUUAUGCAUUGUGUGAGUGACGAUAAUUAUAGUUUUGUUGUGAUGUCCGAGACUUUGAAAAAAACAUAAAGAAAACUCUAUUAUCGAUUGUGCCAACAUGAACUGGAACUCUCUGGGUUGGUGAACGAACAAGAAAAGGAACCGCGCACAGUGUAGGGACGGUGAAUAUUUUGUGUAGGCAAUCAUGGCGAAUCCGAGGAAAUUUAGUGAAAAAAUCGCUUUACAUACCCAUCGGCAGGCAGAGGAAACUGCCGCGUUCGAGAAAAUAAUGAAGGAAGUUUCCGACGUCAAGCCCAACGAAGAACCUCCUCAAACUCGAAUGGUGAACACCCCGUCCAGGCAAAGUCGAACGCGUUCGCCCGGCGGUCCCAUUCGCAGUACCAGAGAACGAAAACCGUCGCCCUAUUCCAGCGGACCUUACCUGAGCCCACCCUCGGAUACCGGGUGGAGGCGCACCAACAGCGACUCUGCUUUGCACCAGAGCGCCAUGCAGGUAGAUAGUCGUGUAGAUCCUAGAAAUUGUUAUGGGAUGGGUAUGGAGAGAAGCGAUCCAUCCCAAAGAGUGUCUUGGGGUAUGUUGCCCACAAUGAACGGCCCCGACAGGAAUUCCGAUGGAAGACCUAGAUCUAGUUGUGAUUUACCACGCGUACCUGGUAUUCACAUAUACCCUUCUGUCCAUGACCCUAGCCUGGUGCAAAUACCCAUAGGCAACAACACGGGUUCGCUUCCGGAUCUAACAAACAUGGAUUUCACCUCUCCCAUUCACGCACCACUUGAUCAAGAUCAAGAUAAUGGUUCUCCUUAUAGUUCUAGUCCCAUUAAUACGAGCCCAUCAACACUUUCCCCCACCAGCAUGAUGCCUGGUGUCAGAACCCAUCAUAGUCGCUUUAACUUUACACCGCCCAUAUCACAGUCUCUUUCGAAUCAUUUAUCAGUUCCAAGUAAUUCUAGGUAUUCUAGGUUCCAACAGCGGUCUUUAUCUCAGAGUGAUAAAAACAUAGGGCUAGAUAACAUCGACUUUUCACAAUUAGGCGCUAUGUCUGGACCUUACCAGCAACAACAACCAGGAUCUCCAGCAUCACCAGUGCAAUUACCUCAAAUGGACGGCGGUUACCGAAGCCCGCGUCCCAGUCCGCAGCCGUCGCCCACUUUAGGAGGCAGACACUCGGCCCCUUGCAGCCCUGGCGAGCCUAGUCCGCUACAAAACGACUAUCACAACAUCCACAAUCAAAAUAUGCAGUUUCAGCAGCAUUUUGAACAGUUGACAGUGUCGGAUCCUCCGAUUGGCCAGAUGAGCUACGGUGAUCAGACGGCUAACAACAGCCAAAUGUCGCAAAAUCUGCCCGAAGGGUCAACGGAUGCUGGUUACUAUAGUACUUCACCCUCACAGCAACUGGUCUAUCCUUCGCCGUCGCCUGGUUUGCAGAACACGUCGCCCAAUACUCCUACUAGUCUGCCUGAGAUUAUAUUGACAGAUUUUUCAGCAGGUCAAGAUAUUAGUAGACAAUUAGAUAGCGAGUUCCUAAUGGACGAACAACUAAAAGAAGGUCUAGGUUCACUCGAUUUUGCCGAAUUGCAAAUGCUUAACAAUAUGGGAGGCAUGCCAGAAAUCGUCGAAGAUUAUAGAUCAUAACAAAGGGAUUCUCCAUCACCGCCACCGACUUAAAAAAAAAAAAGAGUCGUCUUGUCCAGUGCGCCACAGCAUUUUUUUGCAAAAAAAAAAUAUAGUCUUGAAUGAUUUUUUUUUCUAAAUAUCUUAUCUGGACUACUUAAGUGUGAUUGUUAGAUUUUAGUGACAUUUUUAAGCGAGUGUUGCCAAUGGCAAAGCAGUUGACGAAUUUUGGAUAUAACAUUAUAUGUAUAUAUGUUUUGUACGAGAAUGGUUUGAGAUGUCUUUUGAGUAAGAGGAUUUUAUUUGUUUUCUUCGAUUAUGUAUAAUGAAAUUGUUAACUAAAUAAAAAACAAAAAUGAAGGUGAUAAAGGCACAAAAAUUAAUCAUUUAAGUAGGUACAUAUCAAAAGAAGCACAACAGGGUUUGAGUAUCAAAGAAAACAAAUUGGUUAUUUGGUAAUAUUUAUUUUAAAGUUUCCUCAAAACCCUUUUAGAGUGAAUUUGGCCUUAAUAGUUAGUGGGUAUCAUCAAUGCCACAUUAUUAUUGAACAUAUCUGAAUCUUAAGUAUAUGUCUAAUGAAACUGCCAAAAACAACCAAUAACCAAGUAAUUAAUGAGACUAUUAAGCUUGAUUAAACCAUAUAAAUUCCAAUUAAAGAAGCUUCUUAUAGUCUUAGAUCCUGACUAUUUUUAUAUAGUCGAACCGUCCACGAUAAAAGUGUUCCCAUUUGUAUGGUCAAAUUAUAAAUUUAGGAUUAGAGUGCAUAACAAUCCAUCGUAAUAUAAGGCAGUUCUUUGAGCUUCAUGAGUCAAUUAACUAAAACAAAUAUUACCAUUAACUUUAAAAUAACCUUGUCAAAAGUUAUCUUAACAUUCUCAACAACAUCUUGUACAUAAAUAAUAAAAAUCUCUGUGGUUUCACAAUUAUUUCAACUGUAGGAUUUUGAGAUUCUCAAUGUAAUGUCAUGAAGUGAAGUAAAACAAUUAAUAUCAAAGACUGAAGGAUAGUCUUUAAGCGACUGUGAAAAAAAUUAAAAAAAAAAACAAAACGAUUUAAUUUGGGAAAGUUAGAAAAUAAAAUUAAUUUAGAUUGGUUAAAUUUUUUAUAUAUUGUAUAAAACUGUUUACAUUUUAGGAGGUAAAUGACAAAUUUUAUAAAAUGAUUUGCCUAAGGCUUAAAUGGUUUUUUGUUAUGUUUGUAAAUCUUUAUUAUGUGCAAAAAUGGUCCAUAGUUUUCGAUGGGUAGAAAUCAAUUUUAGUUGAAUGUAAUAAGGUACCCGCAAAAGGAAAAUAUUAUGAAAUGAGUUUGUGAAAAAGUAGUGGAUAAUUUGGUAUAACAAAGUCAUUACUAAACAUUUCUUUUUAAAACAACAUAAUUGAUAGAGUUUUCUUUGGAAUUUCAUUGAAAAUGUCAUUAUUUAUUUGUGAUUCUCUGAAAGUGUUUAUUCCAACGAAAAUUAAUGGAAGAACAGUCUUGUGCCAUCUUUGGAUCGUAGGGAAUUGAGUCCGUAUACCAUCUUAGUAGCCUGGUGCUGUUGGAUUCAACUAGCAUUUUGUAAAUUUAUGUUAAUAUGUUUCUUUUUAUUAUCAUCAUUAUCUAUAAUUAUUUAAGCACUGUUAGAGUUUUUUGAGCUCUUGUGAGAGUAAAUUGUAAUUUUUCUUUGCAAUAUGACAAAAUAAUAUCAAACUUGUUUCACAAAAUUUUUUUUUGCAAGUACCCAAUUUCUUACCAAGUUCAUACUUCAAUUUUUUUUGUUCAAUACCUAUACAUAACCUAAAUGUAUCUUCCCAUUGGAAGAAAAUUCAUAUAUCGAUGUUAAACACUAUAGUAAAAAAGUUCGUGUUGUGGGAUCAAGCUAAAAUAGAAACGAUAUUCUUCAGAAUUAGCCUCAUGACUGAAUUUAAACAAAACAAAAAAAAAUAUAACUACUAAUUGAUUUUGUAAAAAAAUUUGUGUAUUUUUAUAUUUGUUUGUAUACAUGUAUAUUGUGUAUAAUGUUAAGGUUUAGUUAAUCAAGUGCAAUACGUUGUUUUUUUUUAUUAUUAUUAUUUUCUUUUUUAUUUGUCUAAAAAGAAAAAGUGGUGAAUAUUUGAAAAAUUUUAAAAUAAAUUUUGUUCUUCCAGUA